AGAAUUUCGUUUGCAAUGUCAGUUGAUUCGUCCACACACAUGGUGCGAUAGAUAGAUAAGAUGCACCACGUCCACACCCACACAUCCAUACAUCCAUCCAUCCAUACACACACGCACUUCACCCACAAGACCGGGCCGGCCACGCACGCUAAGGAUCUCUCUGUCGGUCUGUGUGUCAACGGCAUCACAGAGAGAGAGAGAGAGAGAGAGAGACGGAGUAGAGCGCUGGGUGGGGCAAAGCGGGUCAGCGGGGUAGCGGGUGGGUCAUUCAUUGGUCUCUCUCUGUGGCCGGCCGGCCACGGGCGGUGCGGCAGUGGGUGCAUGCCAUGCAGACGCAUCCACGCAGGGGCACUGGAUGGAACGGUCAGAAGAAAAGCCACCACACAGACAUGACAUGCGCACACUCGCGCGAGCUAUGCACAGAGACGAGGGGCGAAAAAGCUGGGGGGCUGUACAAUCAAGGGAAACACACACACAUACAUGCAUGAAGACACACGAGCGGUCUGUCUGUCUGUCUGUCUCGCGUAAGGAUCGGAGGCCAUGCCAUGCGGCCAUCCGUCCAUCACAUCCGUCCAUCUACUCUCCAGCCGGCCAGUAAGUGAGGCAGCCAGCCGUCCGAUCUGCACACAGACAAGCGGCAUGGAUGGAUGGCGUCAGCAGUUGACGCAAGGCUGUUCAGAGUGGUCUGUGCGCAUGUGGACGCCGAGACCGCUCUGAGAGAGACCCGAGGCUACUGCUGACGCCCAUCCAUGCCCUGCACCCGUCCGGCCGUCUUCUUUCUGUGGGGUCAAAAAGGGGAGCUACUUAGGCAUACAUACGUGCAGACAGACACGGAGAGACCAAUCGAGACCUCCCUCCCUCAGGCAGUCAAUCACAUCGGUCCACACACACUCACACACACACACACGGACAGUCAGAUGAACAAACAGGUAGAGAGGAGAGUAGGUAGGCAGGCAGGUGUCAGUGUGCAUGAGCCAACCCAUCCAUCCAUCCGUCCAUCGGGAGAGGCAACGCACCCGACAUCAGUCAGUGUGUCUUGUCUCUGACUGACUGCCCACCUGCCGUGGCUGCCUCCCGCCUCGAUCCCUCCACUCAUUGCAAUGCAUCCAUCUACCCACCCAUGUGUGUGUGUAGGUACGGUGAGAUUCAUUGAUCACUAGGACAAGGACAACAAAAGACAGAAGAGGAAGAAGAAUGGCGACGGAUUGAUCACUCGUCGUCAUUCUUUUUCUUCUGUUGUUUGUUGUCCUUGUCCUUGAUCUCCUUGGUGACGCCCUCGUCGGUGAUGGCGAAUUUGGCGUCGAUGUUGUCGGGCAUGGAGGGCGAGUCGUAGAUCUUGGCCACGCGGUUCUGGCCCUUGCCCUUUCUGAGGUAGAGGCGGGUCUGCGAUGCGUGGGCCAUGAUGUGCCCCCCGAUGGGCUUCUUGUCCUCCCCCCCGCGGAACACCGCCAUGGGGUCCACCGUCGCCACCACCUGGUUCGUGUACACCACUGCAUCCAGCCAUCAAUCCAUCCAUCCAUCCACCCACACACGCAGACACACAGACACACACACAGAUGCCUGGGGUGGGUGCAGUGUCGUCACCUCCUCUCUCUCUCUCUCUCUCGUUGGCCACUGACCAGCGACGCCAAACUCAUCGGCCAUCCUCUGCAGCUUUCUGAGGAACUGGCAGAGGUGCCCCUGACGGUCAGCCAACUGAACACACAACACACACACACACACAAUUGUGUGGAUGAGUGACAUGACAGGUGGUUUGGCGUGUGGAUGGAUCGCUGGCUGGCCGUCCCGUCACACACGCACCCACCUACCUGUCCGCGUCCCUGGUAUUCUGAUCUGUAGAGUGCGGUGACGGAGUCUACGAUGAGGAGUGCGAAUCUUGUCUCGAUCAUGAGGGCCGCCGCCUGCACCAGCAGCUCCGUCUGGUGCUCCACAUUGUACGCACGCGCAUACGUGAUGUUCUCCAACACCUGCUCAGCGUCCAAACCUGACACACCACAAUGGACCACAAUGGACCACACACCACACCAAUGAGAACACGCAGAUGGACACACGCUGCACACACCGUGUGUGCAAUGCACCCACUUUUUCAGCCGCUCACUCACCGAAACCUUCGGCUAUCUUUGUGAUGCGCUCCGGGCGGAAGGUGCCCUCUGAGUCGAUCCAUGCCACCCUGCCCUCGGCCCCGCCCUGCUCCACCGGCAGCUGAGCCGUCACCGCCAACGUGUGGCACAGCUGCGUCUUGCCCGAACGGAACUCGCCAAACACCUCAGUCAACAUACCUACACCACACAUCACAAAGCGCACACACCACACCACACCACACCACACCACACACAUGCGCGCAGUUGCUUCCCUGCGCACCGCCCACCCUCCCUCCCGGUGACGCACGUACGUACCGGUUUCCAUGCCGCCGCCGAGUAGCGCGUCGAGGUCAGCGGCGCCUGUGUGGAGUCUGACGAUCUGUUGGCGCAUGAGGUUGAUCUCGGUGGCGGACGAGAAGCCCAUGUGCACCAGCCCCUUGACGGCCUCCUUGAGCUUCGCAACCUUCUGCUCCGAUAUGCCCUUGACCUGCUGCAGCUGACGCGACGACGCGUACGCCACCGCCUCGAUCGUCGCGUACCCAGCCUCCUUCAAGCACGUCAAGCCCUUGGCCGUGAAGCCGUGCGCAUGCAGGUGCUCCAGCGGGGUGAUGACGCCAUGGCCACCAUCCUCCCCCUCACCCUCAGCCAACUCGGCCUGCUGGGCGUCGCGCUUGUUGUUGUGCUCCGCCAACUGCCCUGCCGCUGCUGCCAUGUGUGUUGACGGACGGAUGUGCUGGCGAUGGAUGGACGGAUGGGUCAAGGGAGCGUUGUGCGUUGCGCUGCGAGAAGAGCGAAAGGGAAGCCUACCGGGCGGCCUGCCUUUAGCGAUGGAUGCAAAAGCCGGACAGAAGCUGCGUGCGGAUAGGCCUCGAAAACGGGAGAAAAGGUCACGAAAAGUCCAAGCCAAC